CUAUCAGAAAAUAUUUAGGAGGCAAGGGCACAUAAGAUGCCAUCUGGUGCUUAAUUUACGCCAACCUUCUAUUCUGACUACUGUUCUAGAGAACAUGGGUUUAUUAUGCAGCAAAAAUCAUCGUUACACUGAAGCUGAUGCCGAGGAGAAUGCACAGGCUACAGAAAUUGAAAGGAGAAUUGAACAAGAGAGUAAGGCGGAAAAGCAUAUCCAAAAGCUUCUAUUACUUGGUGCCGGUGAAUCUGGGAAGUCAACAAUUUUUAAGCAGAUAAAGCUUCUGUUUCAAACUGGUUUUGAUGAGGAAGAGCUAAAGAGCUAUAUCUCAGUCAUCCAUGCAAACAUCUAUCAGACUAUAAAAAUUCUGUACGAUGGAUCGAAGGAAUUUGCCCAAAAUGAAGUAGAUUCUUCCAAAUAUGUUCUAUCCAGUGAAAAUAAGGUUAUUGGAGAGAAACUAUCAGAAAUCGGAAGCGGGUUGGACUGUCCGAGUCUAAAUAGAGAACUUGCACAAGAGAUAGAAACUCUCUGGAAAGAUUCUGCAAUUCAGGAAACCUAUGCACGUGGUAAUGAACUUCAAGUACCGGACUGUACUCAUUAUUUCAUGGAAAAUUUGCAGAGAUUGUCUGAUGCAAAUUAUAUUCCAACAAAGGAGGAUGUUCUAUAUGCAAGAGUUCGUACAACUGGUGUUGUUGAAAUCCAGUUCAGCCCUGUGGGGGAGAAUAAGAAAAGUGGUGAAGUAUACAGGCUGUUUGAUGUGGGAGGCCAGAGAAAUGAGAGAAGGAAAUGGAUCCAUCUAUUUGAAGGUGUUACAGCUGUGAUCUUUUGUGCUACUAUUAGCGAGUAUGAUCAAACUCUUUUCGAGGAUGAACAGAGGAAUCGGAUGGUGGAGACAAAACAACUCUUUGAUUGGGUCUUAAAGCAGCCAUGCUUUGAGAAAACAUCCUUCAUGCUGUUUCUCAACAAAUUCGACAUAUUCGAAACGAAGGUUCUAAAGGUUCCACUAAAUGUAUGCGAGUGGUUCAAAGAUUACCAGCCCGUUUCAACGGGAAAACAAGAGAUUGAGCAUGCAUACGAGUUCGUAAAGAAGAAAUUCGAGGAGUUAUAUUUUCAAAGCACCGCCCCUGAUCGAGUAGAUCGAGUCUUUAAGAUCUACAGAACCAACGCCCUUGACCAGAAGCUUGUGAAGAAAACUUUCAAGCUCGUUGACGAGUCUUUGAGACGGAGAAAUCUGUUCGAGGCUGGGUUGUUGUGAAUGAUGAGCAAACAAAAGCGAAACCCAUUUGCAGAGACUGUUGAUAAAAUGAAGAAUGUUGAUCACCAUUUUGGAUGGUUUUCAAAGUUGGCAGGAAA